AUUCACCUUCUUCUGACCUUCACGGCCUUUUGCAAACAAUUGAGACAUGUUGACUGACGAAGCGUGUUUUACUUUGAAAAUUGGUGAUACUUUGUCGUGUCGUGUGGUAUUUUGUGCAUUGUUUUUCGUAAUUUUAGUCGUUAUUUUGUACGAAAUCAUUAUCGAGUCGAUUGUGAUGGCGAUGGCAGUGUUGGCGACUGAUUUAAUGGUCGUACAUCCGGUGUUUAAUAUUGGACUUUCCCUGUGAGAAUGUGAUUUUCAAAGAGGAGAAUCUGGAGUAUCUUGAGUACCUACGAUUUUGUUGUUGCGAACGAAUACCUGCACUCUUGAAACCGAAAUGAGAAGAAUUUGAUGGCUGUUCAUUUUCUUAUUCAAAAGAUGAAUGGGCUACCUGAUGUAUUCCUUCAACUUUGAGCAUUUGUGGAAGAAUGAAAAUGAAGAAAUGGAUAUGGAUAAUAUUCGACAUCGGAUUUUCGAAUUGAUGUACACUCAAGUAUGUUGGACUACUUGCUACGAAACGGAAGGAUAUUCGACAUUGAAUUUUUAAAUUGAUGAACGUUGGGCUACCUGAUGUAUUCUUUAAACUUUGAGCAUUUGUGGAAGAAAUGAAAAUGAAGAAAUGGAUAUGGAUAAUACUCGACAUCGGAUUUUCGAAUUGAUGUACCUACACUCAAGUAUGUUGGACUACUUGCUACGAAAUGGAAGCUGAUAUUCGACGUUGAAUUUUUAAAUUGAUGAUUUUGUGAAGAAUGAAAAUUGAUAUCGGUACUUGCAAAUGAUGCUACGAUCGCCGUGAAAUCUCAAUAAGCUUCAGAGUGCUGCGAUUACUGUUGAAUAUGAAUCGAGCUUCGUGAUAAUGGAGAAUCUGACAUUUAUCAGCGCGUACGUGAGAUAUUUCCCCUCCCUCCGAAGAUGAAUUGGACGCGAUUUUUGGAAUUUCUGCUAGGAUUGGAUUGGAUCGGGUGUUGUCUUGGCAGUUAUAGGCGAAUUAGCGGUCGUCAUUGUCCGUCGGUGAUGGCCACUAAUUGAAGUGCCUCCGCAUGAUUGUGGAUGACGGAUAUGAGCCGGAUGAUUGGUCAACGUGGCGACUUACUCAGAUGGACUUCCUGACACGAAUUGUGCUUCCGUGCUGGUGGAUGCUGAUUUCGUUGCGUAUCCGAGCCGUGGCGAGAUCACUAAAGGUAUUCCAUCUGGCCAUUCUCCUAUCCGGUCAGCUUGGGUACGGUCGGAGAGAAAGUCUGCUAUAUAGUCUGUGUUAGUUGGGGUUGAAAUUUACUUGUUUUUUCUGUUGAAAAUUUCUAAAUUUUGUCUUGCUUUUUUAUUUUUUAUUUAUUUAUUUUUUUCCAUUCAAUCAUUAUUUUUGGCUUCAUAUUUUCUUACAUUCUUCUCCCGUCUCUAUAAAAGGUGUAAACAAUUUUUACGGGUUGGUUUCAAUAUAAGGCAAGUAUGUGGCGUGAGAGUUUUCUACGAAAAUUUCAUUUUUUCCAUUUUUUUAUUUAUUUAUUUAUUUUUUUUCAUUAAAGUUGUCCCUGUGCAUAACUUAUGUCCAACUUUACCAGAUCGUCUCGGUGGCCCAAGGGAAUUGUCGCCGGCGGGCCUGUGGAGUACUGGUAAUGCAAAAUUACAUUUUUUUUUCUGCACAUUCUCUCGAUUUUCGCGAAAAGAUCGCAACUUUCGGGUGGAGGAGUUGCGCAACCGGCUCAUGUCUUGGACGUUACGGCGUAGCCUCCGCGUGUCCCAUGAGAUCCCACUCCCUCAGCAGCAACAGUCUGGAUAAGCCAACUUUACCGCUUCGCAAUGCCAUUAAUCGGGUUGGCGGUAAUGCAAAAAGCUGCACUUUAGGUUUUUGGACCGCGCGUAAAGAUCGCUACGCUCGAGGGAAGACGUAGCGCAGGUUCUCCUGGACGUACCCGGUAUCGAUACUGGCGCGGGUUCCUUGAGAAAUCCUCUUCCCUCAACCCAUUCUCAGUCCUUUGGGUGGGGUACCUAUUCUUGUUCAUGAUGAUGCGUGAAGGGGUAAAGUAUGACGGACUUUGCCAAGAUGGAGGAGAUCUAUAUACUGAGACUACUGUAGGUAUCCUGUUUCAUCGAUUCCGACGUCUGAAUAAAUCUCACCUGAAGAUCUGAUCUUCAUCGAUGAUCUGCAUCUUUCGAUUCGAAUUGAAGCUCGCGAUUGAAAACUGCACCACCGAUCUUGUUAAACAACGAUAUCAUCGAUAUGACCAUCAUGCUACAUUUUUGUUGAAAUUUUCUACACGCAACAAGUGUUCGCGAUGCUGCAUCCGCAGAGACGGCUGUAUGAUUCGAUCUUUCGAUUCCAAAGCCUUCGCAGGGAUUUCAAUAUGUUUGAUGUUUUACUUCAUCGUUGAAAUGUGCAUUUUUUGGAAGAAAGAAAAGCUGAAUAUUUUCACCUCAUGUUAUCGAAUUGGAGGCGAAGACAGACCCUGCCAAUCUAAGAAUGGAACUCAGAUGCAGAUCCUACCAAUACGUGUGAUAUCAUCAGCUCAGCUCCAGAAUACGAGUAUUCUCCGGCUUCGAACGUGUAACGUCUUACUACGUAUGUAAUUUUUGUGAUCUCGAUAUCUCUCGCCUCCCUCCCGCCCCUCCAGUUUCAAUUUUGCGCUAUCAGCUUUCGACAGAAUAUCUAGAGUGGAGAUUUUAUUCAGCAGAACCAGAAUUUUUUACCGAGCUUCAAGAAGCAUUUUUUUGACGAUAAUAAUACAAUGUUUGUAAAUGGAACUUGUCACUCCCCCCUCUCCCUGCAUCGCAGCACUUGGCACGCGUACAAUAGACGCAAUACAGCGCUUAAUAAUUUUUUGAGAAGUGAAUUACAUAUAAUUUAUAGACUUACUGUAGCUCGGAGAACGAUAUUUUUACACGCAAUUUUCAUGCUGUGCGAAUUUUUUGAAUGAUAUAAUGCUCUCACUGGACUACUUUUGAAUGCAGCACCUUUGCGUGAUAAUUUUAGCUGCCACAAUUUUUUCUGGCUGAAGAACGGUAUUUUAUACGAACGUGUACGAAUUUGUAAAUAUGACUGUGCGCUCAACUACUUGAUAUUUGAUUAUUGAAAUGAUUUGAUUGGAAAAGCUGUAUUAUGGUUAUUCCCUGAAGAUGGAAUACGUAGUUCCAUAUUAUUGAGAACUUGCAUGAACGUUCGCUGCUUUGUUUACGUCAUCGAUUUUAUGGAUUAUUUGCGUAGAUAUUCAACGUUUUUAUUUUCAUUUUUUAAAGCUCGACGUACGAUACGAGUAUUUUUACGCUUUAUUUGGGUACUUUAUGGCGUAAGGCUGACUCACGACAACACUCGCAGUACCUGGCUUUGGUUUUUUGACUUCUAUCAAAUCAGUUAUAUUAUUAUAAUUUAUGAUUAUGUUUUUUUUUUUUUUUUUUUUUUUUGAAAAUUGAAUAGGCAUUCGAUGAUUUUGGUUUCAAAAUUGGGAAAAUGUUGGAUGGUUAGUGCGUUUUGAGGAAAGAAAGGUGUUGUUUCACGAUGUAUUAAAUUUGGCUGUUUUCAAAAUUCAUUGUAGGUGUAAGUUGAGCGCCGAUGUUGGUAUCUGGUCAACCUGGAGACCUCACAACAUCGGAAGAGACCCGGAGGGUUUUGCGAUGCCUACUGCGAUCGUCCCCGGCAUCCGGGAUUCCACGGCGGCAUGGUAGGGUCGCAUUAAACGAAGGGUACACAGGGAUGGUAGAUUUUACACGUUUAACUAGAUAUCUAACAUUGUUCGAAUCGCAGGUCGAGAGGUCUCUACGUCGUCGGUGGCGUUCUUUGUGGUACCUCGUGCAUGGCUUUUUCCUUCAAAGACACACUGGCGUGUGAUUUUUGGAGCGAACGAGUCGCGUACGAGUUAUCCGAGACGUUUGUCGGCGAUUGGUGGUGCGUGAAAGGUGCGUGUCGAAGCUGUAGGGUCAGGCGAGGUUAGGGUAGAAAUCCGUGCGCCGUCUACUUGCUUACUGGUUCCCGGCGGUACACGUGCCGACCGGGGUUUUUAGAGGAUCGGCUUAUCAAAGAGGAUGUAGGCUGGCGCCUUUCAGGCGGUCUGUUAUCACGGUGAGUGUAGGGAAUUGAGAUACUGUUCCGGAGAGUUGGGCCCGACAAAGGGUUCGAUUGUCUGGACUGUUGAGAGUGCGAGAAGAGCGGGUGUCGAUCUGGAUUUUUAUGCUUUGUUAGAAUCUAGUUAAAUGUGUAAAGUCUUUCCGUCAUCGUAUUGGGGUAGAGAAAUAAUUAAAAAUGAUGUAUUAAAAUGUUUAGCAUCGAACUUUCUAUAGGAAUGUGUUUUAGUCAUCAUUGGUCGGAUGGGAGAUGACUGGGGUUCGAUUUCGGUACUGUGUGAAGAGUCAGGUACAGGUGAGUCGUUACUAUGUUACGUAUAUAAGUUAGUUUACUCGAGUCGAUUCAGGUGAGUCGUUAUUUAAUUAUUUAUUAAUUAAGAUUAGUUCAUUUGCGUCAAAUUUGAGAUAUAUAAGAUAAGUGACGAGCGAAAUUGUCGAGCAUUGAACGCUGUUUUUCGAUGAAAUAUGUCGAGAAAUUGAAAUUAGGACCCCCCCCCCCCACCCCUUUACUUUUUAUGUAUAUCAUGUUGAUAAUGUAUAAUUUCUGUUUGUGUAUUUUUUUUUUUUUUUUUGAAAAAUUUGUAUCAUGUCACAUGUUAUUAUUAUUCGUGUAUUUUUGUAAUGACCAAUCAUGGUUUUUCACUGUCGAGCGGCCGGCAGUGUUUUUUACUCCAGAUUGGUCAACGUGUUGUAGAAUUAAGUUUGUAUUGAUUUCUUUGCCGUUGAAUAUUUAAAACGAAUUUCGUUU